CCCGCCCCCUGUCUGGUGUCAACGCAGACAGCAGAGCACCGGGGAGGACACCGAGAGACCGACCGCAUAGACAGGUUCACCGGGCAGCCAUGGCGGCGCCGUUAGCCCACUUCGAUGAGGACUGGCAGGACUUCAACGAAUUCAAACCGUCCUCGGAGUCGGCCGAACAGCUGGACCAGCUGAACUCAAACGUUGGCGACCCAUCGGGCCUAGACGACUUCUCCGAUCUGGACAACAGUUUCUCCGGGGAGAUCUGUAGCUUCAAGUCGAUGGAGGACCUGGUCCACGACUUCGACGAAAAGCUAACCGUGUGUUUCCGAAACUACAACACUACGACGGAAAACAUUGCUCCCAUAAAACCAAUCACAGAGGAGAAUUACCUGAAAGACGACGAGGUGUGGAACUCUUUGACCAAUAACUACGGCAAUGUGAUGCCCGUGGACUGGAAGACGUCCUACACUCGCUCCCUGCACCUGCCUGCCCUCAAGCUCAAAGAUCAAGAGGGACAGAAGAUGGACAAGCAGUCUUUGGAUCUGUCCGAUGAUGAGGACGAGGAGCUGCGGGAACAGCUGGAUAUGCACUCAAUCAUUGUCUCCUGCAUUAACGAGGAGCCUCUCUUCACCGCUGAACAGGUGAUAGAGGAGAUCGAAGAGAUGAUGCAGGAGUCUCCAGACCCGGACGAUGACGAGAGUCCUUCCCAGUCCGACUUGUCGAUGCUCUCCCAGGACCUCGGCGCUUUGAAACGAUCCGGCUCCAACACUAGCUUUGACGAACGGCUUCGUCAGCUGUCUGUGUCGGAGCUCAGCCGGACCCUGGAGGAGGUGGAGGCGGCCAUCCGCCGCUACAGCGAGGAGCUGAUCCAAGCCCUGGCGCUGCGAGACGAGCUGGACUUUGAGAAGGAGGUGAAGAACAGCUUUAUUUCGCUGCUGAUCGACGUGCAGAACAAACAGAAGGAGCACCGCGAACUGCUGCGCAAGAAGAAGAAGAUCCGGUGUACGACCACGACGGGGCCCAACGGCCAGAGGACAAACAGCACACACAUACCAGGCACGCUCCUCACUCUGGAGGGACUCUCCAAUGUCAUUCAAAAUGGUCUCCGUCAAACUUUUGGCCACUCUGGAGGGGAUAAACAGUAUCUGACCACGGUGAUCCCCUAUGAAAAGAAAGCAGGCUCUCCUUCUGUAGAAGACCUCCAGAUCCUCACAAAGAUCCUUCAUGCCAUGAGGGACGACAGCGAGAAGGUACCGGCCCUCCUAACAGAUUACAUACUGAAAGCUCUCGUAUGAAAGCGGAGGAACCUGAGGUUCGUGAGGCUGACCCCGCUCAUUGACAUCGAAUGCCUCAUCUUCCUCCCUGUCUGCACAACAUUCCCUUUUUAACCAGAGCAAUCGGCCUCCCUCCCCCUCCGUCGCUCUCUGCCGUGGUGCCAGUUGUGCUGUAUGGUGCUUCUAGUCGUGCUACACCCACUCUGGAAAAACACAGCCCACUCACGCUCGUAAUUUCUCCUCACUCUGCCAGCUUGUAGUAGCAGCUGUUGGUGUGUUUGCUUCUCACCUGUAAUCGGGGCGGCUUUCCUCGCCUCUAACCACACAUUCCUCCCGGCUGUAGCUGCUCUGUCAUACUCCACACACCUCUUCUUCCUCGUGUGCUGCAGCGAUUCUCACCAGCUGUUUAUUUAUUUUAUUUUUUUUCUCCGCAGUUCUUUGUCCCACGUAAAGUCAGACGGGAAGCUUUUGUUUCUUCAGCGUCGACCAGCAGAGGAGGGUUUCAGUUUUG